AUGGCAGAACCGUCGCCCGCUUCCGACGCAGACAAGAUCCGACUCAAACGGCUCGCCAAGCUACUGCAGCAGCACGAGCGCCAGUCGGCUGAGCAGCAGGAGCCAAUCGCAUCGACGUCGGGCACGAUAGCCAGGCCGCCAGCACCGACGCCUCGUCAACCGGUCCCCGCUGCAAGGCCCGAGCCGGUCAAGCCCGUCCCUUCUGCAGCCGCCCCCGCGAAAGUGCCCAGGAUCGCAACCCCUCAGCAAUCGCAACCGCUUCGCUUCACAGAGUCGUUCGAGGAGUGGCAACAUGGAUCUAUUGGGAGGAUUCUCAAUGUCACGCUCGAUGUUGCAGCGGCAGAGGCGUCCAGCUGGUCGGUCGUAUACCUGAAGGACGUUGCCGUCGAGCUUGACGAGGAGGAACCGACCUCUUCGCGGCCGCACAAGCUCCGCGCCGACCUGUGCGACCGUCUCAUGCUCUCCCGCCUCUCACUCUCGCCUUCGAACCUUGUCGACGAUCCAGAGCGUAUCACGGUCGUCGCAGCGCUGCCUCCGAACGAGACGUCGUUCGAAUAUCUCGGAAGUUGUUGGCGGAGGGAGCGGACGGAGCGAUCGCGCGUCGUUGCGAAGAAGGACUCGGACCCGCAAGAAUUGCAGCGGCGACUUGAUGUGCUCAAUCAGCUGAAGGGACUGCUCGUCUCGUACAUCGGUCUGGUCUUGAUGGAUCCGUCCAUGUUCCCUCAAGACCAUGUCAGCGGCAAAGCUCUCGGCGCCCUCGAACUCGAACCCCUCCUUAUCCCUUCGUCAACUCCCAUCCCGCCCGCUCAACUUCAAGUGGGCGACAUUCCCUCUGUCUUCGCGGACCUCGCGCUCCGCUUCACCCCCUCGGCCGCCAACGACUUCGAAGGCGGUAUCGAGGACAUCCUCAGCCCGCUCUUUGCGAAGUGGAACGCGCAUCUCCUCGUCAACAAGCUCGAUAUUGGUGGGGGAGGCGCUCCUGGGUCAGGCUCGGUGGGCUGGAGGGAUAUCCUGCAGGCCGUGCAGAACUUGACGGAGAUCAAGCCGAUCGCGACGGCGCUCACGACGUUCAGCAACUGGAACGUCGCAAGUGAGCCCGGCGCGUCUGCGCCCGUUCUCGAAUACAAGAGCUUGCUCGGCCCGCUUAUGCGUCUCAGCACCUUCCCCGACGGCGCGCCAUCUCUGCCCCAAUCCUACUUUCCCGAGCCGAGCACGAUGGUGCGCGGCAACAUCGACAGCGCAUCAGCCAGCUUGAGAGGCACUUUGCGCGGCGUUCAGACUUCCCUCUUCCGAAUCUUCGACAACAUCGUCCGCUCAUCGCCCGUUGCUCGCGAAGCCGUCCUCGCAUACCUGGGUCAAGCCGCCGCCCUGAAUGCAAAGCGAGCGGCAAUGCGCGUCGACCCGAACACCGUCUCGACCGAGGGCUUCAUCAUUAACCUGCACGCCGUUCUGCUUCGCUUUGCCGAGCCUUUCAUGGACGCGAGUUUCUCCAAGAUUGACAAGAUUGACCCGCUCUACUACAAGCAGUCGUCUCGUAUCGAUGUCGCCGAGGAUACGAAGAUCAACGCGAACAAGCAGGAGAGCGAUGAGUACUACAAUAAGGACUCGACUGCAGCAGCUCCCGCGCCCAACUUUAUCUCGGACAUCUUCUUCCUCUGCGCGCAGUACCUCCACCUCGGCCCGAUGCACGCCAUCAAGGAGCACAAGGGCAUCGGCCAGCAGGUGUCGCACAUGCAGCGGCAGCUGAACGACAUGGAGGCGGACUCUACUUGGCGCGGAACGCCCCAAGAAGCCGCCACAAAAGCCGGCAUCGAGCGUUACAAGAAGAAGAUUGAGCAAUGGCGCAGCUUCGUCCUCGCUUACGAAGUCCAGCUUCUCGACCCGGACUAUCUCGCCAAAUGCGCUAGCUUCGCCAACCUCGUCAUGGCAUGGCUUGUCCGCCUCGUCGACCCGAAGACGCAACAUCCGCACGUCCGCAUCGACUUGCCGCUGCCAUCGGAGACGCCGCUCGCCUUCCGCAUGCUCCCCGAGUUUCUCAUCGAGGACAUCACCGAGUUCUUGAGCUUUACGUCAAAAUACGCCCCGCAGGUUCUCGAGACGUCGUCGCAGGACGAGCUAAUGUCGUUCAUGCUCGUCUUCCUCUCGACGCCGUACAUGAAGAACCCUUACCUCAAGGGCCAGUUCAUCAUGUACUACCUCUCGCGCCCGACGUACACGUCACCUCGUGGCUGCCUCGGCGAUGUCCUCAACUUCCACCAGCUCGCGCUGAAGAACCUCAUGCCUUGCCUCAUCCACGCCUACAUCGAAAUCGAGAUCACCGGCUCACAUACCCAGUUCUACGACAAGUUCAACAUUCGGUACUACAUCACGCAACUCUUCAAGCUCGUCUGGAGCAAUCCGACGCACCGCGAAGCGUUGAAGCGCGAGAGCCAGGUCAACUUCGACCGCUACGUCCGCUUCGUCAAUCUCCUCAUGAACGACACGACGUACCUCCUCGACGACGCGCUUGUGCACCUCGGCAAGAUCGGCGAGCUGCAGCGGGCCAUGGACGAUCAGAACGCUUGGGAAGCGCAGCCGGCCAGCGAGCGCCAGGAGAAGGAGAAGCUCCUGCGCCAGUACGAGUCGACCGUCCGCUCCGACCUCGACCUCGGCCACGAGUCCCUCCGUCUCCUCAAGCUCUUCUCACAGGAGACGACUCAGCCGUUCCUCACUCGCGAGAUUGUCGAUAGGCUCGCUGCCAUGCUCGACGCGAACCUCCAGCUUCUCGCCGGCCCCCGCUGCCAGGAGCUCAAGGUCAAGGAGCCGGAGAAGUACAAGUUCAGGCCGAAGGAGCUUCUCUCGGACGUCCUGCAGAUCUUCCUCAAUCUCGGUUCGCACGAGCAGUUCCAGUCGGCGGUGGCCAAGGACGGGAGGAGCUAUUCCAAGGAGCUCUUCCAGCGUGCGUCGCGGAUUGCGACGAAGACGGCGAUCAAGACGGAGGAGGAGCUGAAUGAGCUCAGCCGUAUGGUCGACAAAGUCGAGACGAUUCGUGCGGCGGAGCAGGAGGAUGAGGCGAUGGGCGAGAUUCCGGACGAGUUCCUCGACCCCUUGACCUUUGAGAUUAUGGAGGAUCCCGUCAUCCUUCCCUCGUCUCACACGAUCCUCGACCGCUCGACGAUCAAGCAGCACUACCUGUCCGACGCGACCGACCCGUUCAAUCGUCAGCCGCUCAGGUGGGAGGACAUCACCGAUGCUGUCGACCUGCGCGAGCAGAUCAAGCAGUACCUCGCCGAGCGGAGGAAGAAGAAGGGUUCUGCGGCGUCAGCGGGCGAUGAGAUGCAGGUGGACGCUUGA